AUGAAUGAGGGAGUGAAAAGUGGGUCACAUCUGAGAUUUCUGUUGGAUGAAAAAGUCAGAAAUGGCUCUGACUGCAGCUGCUGGGCAGAGCAAGAUGACAGAUUUGGGAGGAGGUGGACUUCACAACAUGUUUCCAACUGCUUGUUGACUUUUACCAAUGUUUUCCUGCAGGUGAGAAGUGAUCAUGUUGCUCCCAUCUACGUCAUCAACCUUCUAAUUUCUGACCUCCUUCAGUUCUGCUACAUGAUCGUUGAGGUGGCAAAACCUGAGGAUAAGAAGAUAUAUAACAUCUUCUUAUAUAUUUACUUCUCUGCUCUGUUUGCCAGUAUUGGCUUCAUGGUCUGCAUCGCCCUGGAAAGGUAUUUGGUCAUCGCCCACCCGCUGUGGUACCGCUUCAGACGAACCGUCAAGAUCUCUGUGGUGGUCUGUGUCCUGGUCUGGGUCCUUUCUCUUGUCUAUGCCGUCCUUUUUUAUUUCAAGAUUGAUUAUUGGGUCGUGAAAUUUAUCUUUGCCAUCCACUUCCUCCUUCCCUUCCCACUGUUAAUAUUCUUCCUGGUUGGGACCCUCAAAGCCCUGUCUGCUUCCACCUCAGUCCCCUCUGAUGAAAAACGACUAAUUGUGGGAAUUUUGGUUCUGGUGCUGUUUAUUUACACUCUGCUGUUCCUGCCCAGAAUCAUUUGGGACCUACAAGUAAACCGUAGUCAUACCCUCACCAGCGUGUCUUUCAUGUUUCUUAAGUUCAGUCCUCUUGCAGACUCAGUCCUGUAUGUGUUCAUGAGGAAAGGGAUCAUAGAGAAGCUUUUGGCCUCUGUGUGUUGCUGCAGAAUGGACAGCAAUGAUAUCAGCAGUCCAUCAGUAUGAAUGAUGACAACAUUUCCACAGUCAGCUUCAUGUAGGCAGAGAAAGAGGGAGAGA